CAAUAGUUUCUAUUCGAUUCAAACUUCUACACAUUGAGUUAUGGCCGACAACAACAGUAAGUCUUAAAAAUUUGUAAUGAUUUUGUUUUACAUCCAUAACGUUGUACAAACAUUCGCAAUUGAAUAAAUUAUACGUCACGGGUGCGUGAGAAGAUAUUUGGUUAUGGCAGCCGAAAGAAGUUCGGAAAACGUCGUCAUGCCGACCUCUACCGAAGUAACCGAAGGCGAUUCCUUGUCGGCUUCAACCGAGCACGAUAGCGAUCGUUCAGAUAGUAGAAAUCUUACAAUAAGACGUGGAAUCAAAACAUCUCGAUUUACAAAUGACACCAGCUAUAUUACAUCGCCUGCCUCUUUACAAGUUGGGACUCUAGUGUCAGGGACCUCUUUUAAUGUGAUAGCACCGGAUCAGUUGCCACAUUUUAAGCCUAUGCUUUGUGUUGAUAACGGUUUUAUUUCGAGUGGUUCUCUUACAGAAGAUAUUAAAACUACACAUAUCGUUAUACAAGAAUCAGCUUUGCCGACCACACAAGAAUCGAAACAUAUAAACUCUAAUACAAAUUCAUCAAUAUCAGGUACAAGCAGCAGUAAUCAGUCAUGGACGGAAACAGCAAAUAUGCCUGUUAUACCGAUAAGAUGCAAAAAUACCUCGGCAGAAUUACACAAAAGCAAGCUUGGGUCUGGUGGCCGUGGAAAGUGUAUAAAAUAUUGUUCUGAAUGGUAUACGCCAAGUGAAUUUGAGGCUUUAUGUGGUAGAGCAUCCAGUAAGGACUGGAAAAGGUCCAUUAGAUUUGGUGGUAAAAGUUUACAAGUGCUAAUUGAAGAAGGUAUCCUGACUCCUCAUGCUGCCAGUUGCACAUGUGGAGCAUGUUGUGAUGAUCUGACAGCAACAGGCCCUGUGAGGUUGUUUAUACCAUACAAAAGAAAAAAACGUAGUCCUCAAGAUGAUAUUCAAACAAAAACAAACCGAUUAAGAUCCAAAGGUAAACAUGAACCAGAAAAGCCUGAUAUAGAAAUGAGUAAUAACAGCAACUCUAAAGAGACAUGGCAGUCCAUUGCAGAAGAGCUGGAGAGUACCAGUGAAUAUGAUUUGUUAGCUUCCGAUCCCACUCAGGAUACUAUUGCUAUACCAGCACUUAAGGAAAUAGAAGUACCAACUACUAGCAGUGUAAUGAAAAGAAUGGAUGAUAUAGUAGACAUAUUUCUGAAGUUAUCUCAGGAGCUAAAGCAAUGUGUAGAAGAUAUUCAUUCAAUAAAUAAGCGUCAAUUGGAAAGACUUGAGCAUGUAAAGGCCUCUGAAUUAUUAGCAACUACUGUAGAAGCACAAGUUGAAGAUGAGUUUUCUCCAAACACUGUGGAAGCAAGCUCAAAAAAGUGUGCCAACUGUAACCGCGCCGCAUCAGCAGAGUGUUCCUUAUGUCGAAGAACCCUGUACUGUUCAACAUUUUGUCAGAAAAAAGACUGGGCUGUACAUCAAAUUGAAUGUUUGCGUGAUGUUCCCACCAUGCUUAUUGUAGAAAGCCAACCCCAAUAAUAUAUAACUUAUUUAUUUAUGUAAAAAUUUAAUGUUAAGGAUAAAAGGAAUAUCUUCCAAUUAACACUGAUAAGCAAUAUUGAAAAAGUGAAAUAAUCAUUAAUUACUCCGGAUGAAAAGUUUGACCGCAAUAUAGGAUGCCAAGUGAAUACUGGGAAUAUAAUAAAUGGUGUGUUACAUUCCUAUAUGUAUAGCUAGGAAGUCUGAAAUGAGGGUUGGCUGGCUAUACAACAGCGAAUGCUUAGGUGGUUUGGCCACAUAAAACAGCGGCUCAGAAGUAUGAUAAACAUGGCAACCAUGGUGGUCAUGUCGGGUCGGGCAGGCCUUGUCUUAUUGUGAAUAUAGAAAUAAAUGAAACUAUCUUAAAUUUAGACGAUGUUAAUGGGGCAACGAUGUGUAGGACUGAACAAAGUGAAUGUAACCAAAUUUGUUGGACCAAAAUAUCUCAAUAUAGUGGAUUUCUCGUAUGUUGUAUCCUUUGUUACAGGCAAUGGUAGAGGUAAAGACCUAUACAUGUGUAUAGUUUAUAUUAAUUUAUUUUUUUAAACAUUUGCAAACACUCACUGGUAUUUCAAUUCAUUUGUGUACGCUGUAGGGUGGGUGUGUUUGUCUGAAUUGGCUUAAACAUCAGAAGUAAAGCACGAAAUACAAUUUAAUUAAUAAAAAUAAUAGCAAUGAGAGGUGACGGUAAGACUGCGUUACGUGCACCUCGACGCAACCAGAUAAAUGCGUGACGAUACUUUAUUUUUAUGGAAUCUCGCUGUUGGGUUAAGGGCCUUUACACCUCAGCUCGGACUGUUUUGGCGAGCGUAGCUCGACCAGAAUGGCGUUUAAUCCCGCGGCUAGCGCAAGGGCGUCUCCUGUCAGAUUCGAACGUUGGCUUGGGCCGUCACGGGGUGGUCAAUCGCCUGAAGGGCAGGACGGAAGCUCACUGGAGUGAGGGAAGUGCGAAGUAAAGAUCCUCGCCUUCCCCGGUGAAGGCGGUUUUUUACACUAAUCUGUGUUUGGCUAUUUAUUUUACGGUAAUUGGAUUGUCCGGAUCCGUUAAUGUAUGUCGAGGCCUCCUACAAGCCUUUUUUGUCGAUACAGCGGCGAUUCGGGUUUUUAUAAACGUAGUGGGGCGAUGACGUCAGGUGCAGGUGCCAUUCAAUACUACCGUAUACGUCAUGUUCUAUUUUCAUUACUUCUCCAAUAAUAUCCUUUCACCAAAUAAACAAUAUUGACGACACUAAACACAUCCUCAGUUGUAGGAAUGUUUCCUUGCAGCAGCAGUUUCACUAUCGGAUAAGUUGACUGGCAAUAUUAACAUGUUUCCCAGCCCGCAACAUUUGUUGCAGGUGUAGUCAGUUACGCCAAUGGUUCAAAAUAUUAAUGGGAAAUUGUUUUUCAAUGUCUUCCAUUAUUAUCUAAAAUUUUCCUAUAAUUUUGGGUGGGGUUUUAAGGAUCCCUUGAUUUAUCGGUUGAAUUACUGAUGAAGUGUUUGGCGGUAAAAUUGCCAAUGUUGGUUAAAUUCUCAAUUUUAGGUUGAGCUGGGCAAUUGCCAAUAAAUAAAAUGAUCUAAUUUCAGUUAUUUUUUAACUGAUCUAAUUCCCAUUUGCGUGGAUGUUGUGUCUGAAGUCAUCCAGGCCUUUUUGUUUGCUUCGUAAUCAACUGGCAAAGAAUUAAAAAAAAAUCAACAGCUGUUUUUUUUACCUUGGUUGCAUCACGGUGAUUCUAUAUUUGGAUAAUUUUCCACCUACGCACCUUCCCCUUUACAUUUCAAGGAUUGUUUAUUAGUAAACUUAAAAAACAAAGCCGUCACAGGUUUACAUAUUUGGCUAUCAGUGUAAUCGUGAGUCAAUUUUGGGAGAACUGUUUUAAGCCAGUUAUCACAAUCACUUUGCGAUACACUAGCGGCUUCUCCACAAACCUUGCCUACUACAAUAUCUAUAAUCUUGUCGUUGACAAAAUCGGUAUAUCCAGCUUUCCGAACACUAUAAACCAAUUUUUUCAAAUAGUGUGACCAAAUGAUUAGCCUUUUCUUGCAGCAGACGACCGUUCAAAGAUACGAUUUGGCUUCUAAAUGAAAUUAGAAGGGCAUUUUCGACAUUUUGAUGCAGUCGGCUUGCGGGUUAUCUUAAUUUUUAAGAAUUUGUAUUCAAAGAAUUCUUUCUAAUUUGUGACUUUGGCGGCUGACUCCGGUCGCAAUAUCUGCAUGGGAUUGCUAAGAAUUGGUUACAAAUGAUUCAUUAAAAACAAUCGCUACACCCAAACUCGACGUUACAUCCAAAUUCAAUAGCCACGUGAAUUUUGCUAAAAUAUGCUUUAAAUUCAAGGGACUUAAAUUUAACGUCGUUAGAGCAACAACCUAGGUCGUAAUAAAUGAAAUUUACUGUAUACGCAUGUAUAUUCUGUUAAUCAUAUAAAUAUAACAUCUUAAUAGCUCCUAUUGAGCUGUGUUGGCUUGGCCAAGAAAAUCUUGCGGUGUUUAGAUAGUUUGGUCUUCGUUAACUCUGCCAUGGUUAGCCUUUAUCGUUUACAAACAUGUAGACCUAAACAAUAGAAGCGCUAGCUAGUAAAUAUUUUAUGAAAUAAAGUUUAUUAUAUUGUUAAUAAAAAGUUUACCAAUUUAUUUAAUAGUUAUUUAACUUGUACAUAUGUGAAUGAAUUUUUAAAGAAACAGGCCUGCUACUACUGAUCGAUAAAACAUUACUGUGGGUUUUGUACUUAAUUGAUUGAUUAUCAUAAAUUUGCAUCGGAUCAGUCCCUCAUUCUAUAUAUAGGAUAAAUUUAUCAUAAAUGUGAUUUAAACUGAACACCAAAAAUUAAUAUAAAGUGUAGAUAUAGCAUAUGAUAAUUUUAUAAUUGAGACUUAUACAAUUAAAGUAAAAACAAAAGAUAAAACAUACAAUCUUUUCGGGGAAACCCUUUCGAUUCACAUCUAACUAAGCCUAGUUAUUUCAUAAUAAUGCAAAAUUUAGAGUACGAAUGUUGUAAAUUUUCUUAAAUUCAAGAUAAUUGUUACUUAAAUUUUGUUGUAAUUUCGCUAUGAAACUUAACCUUAAAGGAUAUUCUGACACGACAUCCGAUAAAUCAGAGAUGUAUGAUUGAGCAAUAGCAAAUACUUUUCCUGAUAGCUAUUCCCUUAAGUAAUAAAAACAAUGAAUUUGAUAUGAAAUGUCUAAAGGUAAUGAAACUGGAAAUAAAGCAUUUUAUAUAUUUGUUAGCUAUAUUUAGCUUAUUUGUUUCUGUGACCCACUUGUUGUUCCGAUGAUUUAUCAGAUUCAGAUUGGUUGAGUACCAUUUGCUAGGCUGUGUAAGUUCAUUCCAGUUACUUGAUUUAAAGCGUUCAGAAUCUGCUUGAUUCAGGUUACUAGGCAAAAAACUUAUAUUAUGUAAUUAUUAGUUGUAUAUAUCUAGAAAUAUAUGUCCCAUAAAAUAUAUCCGUUACUUCCUAACAAUAGUAUCCUGAGUGGGAUCAAUUCAAUUUGUAUAAGGUACGAGCAAAAAAAUUACAAACUUGCCUUAUACGUAGUUACUGAGAAGAAAUCAUGUUAUUUUUUAAACAGUGCCUUUUUUAAGCGUUCAUCGUUUUUGUUUAUGUAAUUUGAAGUAUUAAAGAAUUAUGAAUUA